AUGCUCGACCCGUUUCAGGUUGUGCUACGCCAGCCAACCUACGACGUUCAAAAAACGUCGAUAUACAAAAGCACUCUGUUGAUUCCGGUCUACUUGGCUGGUGUUUCCUUUCUUAUUGCGCUCGUUCAUCUUAUCAUCUUUGCAACUCCACUCAAGAGGACCCUCUUUCAGCGCUUAGCGCCGUCCAGAACCGUCAUUCACAAUGAACCCGAGCCGCCAACAGGUUUGACAAGUGAAGUCAAGGCAAAUAUCGCCUCCAACGGCGGUAUUGUUCUCUGGUCCUACAAGGUCGCGCGACUAUUUGGCUCUUUGGCCCUGUUCGGCGUUGCUAUCACAGCUGCAAUUGUCGCGAGCGACAAUACUUUGCACACAAACGGCAAGCACUGGGGAAAGAAGCACAGACAUCGAAAUAGACACAAAAAUCGCUUCUCAGACUACGAGUGGCUCCAGAUUGUUCUCGCUGCGUUUUAUCUGUAUGCAAGUGUACUCGCCCUUUGUACACUCCUUAUCAAGAAGCGUUGGCGGCGAGUAGCCAAGAACCACCUCAAUAUCCUACUCGUUGCCGCCUGGGCAGUUUACCUGUAUCGCGACGUUUGGCCGGUCGCAACCUAUACUCUACAGCCUGUCGAUCCAAAUCAUUGGACUACAUGGACGUCUAUCGCCCUUCUCACCUUGGUAGCCGUGGCUAUUCCUGCCUUUAUGCCUCACGAGUAUAUCCCUGUCGACCCAGAACGUCCGUCCAGCGAAGUGAAUCCGGAACAGACUGCUUCAUGGGCUAGCUUCUUUCUAUACUCAUUCUUGGACCCCAUCAUCUACCAAGCUUCCAAGACGGAUCAUCUCGAGGUCGAGAAGCUCCCACCACUUGCGGACUAUGACGCAGCUGCCCACCUUCGCAAGUCCAGUUUUCCAUACGUCGAUCCCAUGCGGUUGGCACAUAGACGACACUUGUUCUGGGGGUUAUUGGGCUAUUUCUACAAAGAGUUUAUCUUCCUUGCAUUUCUCAUCUUCGUCAAAGUAGCCAUCGGCUUCGCUGGUCCUUUAGGAAUCAAUCGCCUGCUCACCUAUAUCGAGACUGGGGGACGGGGGGCCGUUAUCCGCCCGUGGGUCUGGAUUCUGUGUCUAUUCCUUGGACCGGUUGUGGGAAGUGGAGCUAUACAGUGGUAUAUCUUCAUCAACACUCGCAACCUGGUCAGGAUCGAGUGCAUCAUCACCCAACUCGUAUUUGAGCACUCGCUCAGGAUCCGGAUGAAAGAGGAAGCAGUUGCUGGCGAGAAGCCUGUAGUAGAAACACCAGAGGCAGGGCAUAUUGAACAACAAACCACUGAUGGAGAUCAAACGGAUACUAGCACUGCUGUAGGAAGCAGCUCACCGUCAACUUCGACCCCGAAUGGAGCAUCUACGAGUAAACAGACGAAGAAAUCAAAGAAGGAGACCUCUGUCGCGCCUUCUAUUGCCUCGACGGCCACAUCCGUGACAGGAGUUGGUACCAAAAAAAAGGAAAACUUGGUCGGCAAGAUCAACAAUUUUGUCUCCACUGACCUCGGCAACAUUACGGACGGACGAGACAUUUUAUUCAUGAUCUGGUACACGCCCCUACAAAUCAGUAUUUGCGUUUGGUUCCUUUACAGUAUCCUUGGUGCUGCCUCUUUCCUGGGAAUGGGUGUUCUAGUUGCUUCUAUCCCUGUACCAUCACUAAUUGGUACGAUACUCGCUCGAGUCAACAAGGAGCGUAUGGAACGGACGGAUGCCCGUGUACAGGCGAUGUCAGAGUAUAUAAAUGUAUUGCGCAUGAUCAAGCUCUUCGCCUGGGAACCCAAGGUCAAACGCAAGGUUGAUGAAAAGCGUACCGAUGAACUCGCCCUUAUCAAGAGAGCCCAAUUCUUCCAGCUGAUGAACAUGAACACCAACUAUGUGAUUCCGCUCUUGGUCAUGAUUGUCACAUUCUCUUCAUAUACGUUGAUUUUCAAGCAUGAACUUACGGCUUCUCGUGUCUUCUCGAGCAUCGCCGUCUUUGACAUGCUAAGGGAUCAACUUCACAUUGUCUUAUGGGGCGCAAAUGCCAUUAUUCAAGGAAAAGUCAGCUUGGACCGUAUAACAGACUUCCUUUACAACACGGAACUUCUCGACAGCUACGCUGACAAGUCCAAGGAUCAGGCUAUCCAAAUUUCACUUCCUGUCCCUGAUCCAAACACCAUUGGGUUUCGAAAUGCGACGUUCACAUGGGCAAACACUGUACCCGGAACACCAACACCAGGUAGACGCAACUUUCGCUUGAACAUUGAAGGGGAACUCUCUUUCAUUCGCGGUGCUAUCAAUUUGAUCAUCGGCCCUACCGGAUGCGGCAAAACCUCUAUGCUUAUGGCUCUUCUUGGCGAAAUGCAUUUCCAACCGGCCAACCCUGACGCGUGGUACAAUUUGCCACGCGAUGGUGGAGUCGCCUUUGCGAGCCAAGAGCCUUGGAUCACCAAUCAGACGAUCAAGGAGAAUAUUUUGUUUGGCACCGCCUUUGACGAAGAUAGAUACAAAAAAGUUCUUCAUCAGUGCUCUCUUGAAACUGAUCUCCAUAUGUUUGAAGCUGGCGAUGAAACAGAAGUUGGAGAAAAGGGCAUCACCCUGAGCAAGGGUCAGCCUGCGCGUGCGAUCUACUCCCAUGCGAGCAUCGUUCUCUUGGACGACGUCUUGUCCGCUCUCGACGUUCAUACAUCUUCCUGGGUGGUCGACAAAUGCUUCAAAGGAGACCUGGUCAAAGGCCGUACAAUCUUGUUGGUCACGCACAAUGUUGCGAUGGUUAGCCCCGUGGCCAAAUUUGUGGUGGCAUUGGGUGUCGAUGGGCGUAUUUCUAGUCAAGGAACGCUGGAUCAAGCGCUCAAAUUGGAUGCAAAGCUUCAAGAGGAGCUCGAUCAGGAGAAGAAGGCCAUUGCCAAAGGACAGGAAGUGGUGGAUGCACCCACCGAAGCACCCAAGGCCGAAGUAAAGCCCGCUGGAAAGCUCAUCGUCGCGGAAGAAGUCGCUCUUGGUCGCGUCAGCUGGCCAGCGUUGAAAAUGUAUCUGACCGCUCUCGGAAAUUCUGCAUUUUGGAUCGUAUUUCUAGGUGGAUUCUUUGUGGCUGACCUUCUCAGUGUUGUUCAGACGUUCUGGCUGGGGCAUUGGGCGAGUCAAUACGAAACGCAUCCAACCUCAGAAGUCAAUGUCUUUUACUACUUGCUCGUAUACGGUGGUCUCUUACUUAUCGGAAUGAUUGUCUACUCUACCGCCUUUACGGUCUAUCUCUUUGGUGCCUUGCGUGCCUCCCGCAAGAUACAUGACCAGCUCAUCACUUCUAUCUUUGCUGCCACUCUUCGGUGGCUCGACACAACGCCCGUCGGUCGAAUUAUUAGCCGAUUUACCGUUGACAUCCGAGCAAUUGAUGGGCAAAUCAGUGGGAUGCUUUCUGACUGGCUCGAGAUCACGAUCACCAUGUUGGUUAAACUUGGGGCUGUCGUGGUCAGGACUCCAGUAUUCGUAUUACCUGGUCUCCUUGUGGGUGGCUUGGGAAGCUGGCUAGGCAAUAUGUACAUCAAGGCCCAGCUCUCUGUUAAAAGGGAGAUGAGCAACGCCCGAGCGCCCGUCUUCUCUCACUUCCAUGCGUCAAUUGCUGGCCUCACCUCGAUUCGUGCCUACGGUGCCGAAGAACGAUUCCGAGAAAUGACAAUGGAGCGUAUCAACAAAUAUUCUCGCUGUGCGCGGUCCUUCUACAACUUGAAUAGGUGGAUCUCCUUCAGGAUCGAUUUGCUUGGAGCACUUUUCUCUGCAACGCUUGCAGCCUACUUGAUUUAUGUUCGGCCCGAAAGCGCUGCCAACGUUGGUUUCUCACUCACCAUGGCUAUUGCCUUCUCUGGCAUGAUUCUAUGGUGGGUGCGCAUUGGGAACGAGUUUGAGGUCUCUUGCAACAGCCUCGAGCGCAUUGAGAGCUACAUUAAAUGCGAACAAGAGCCCAAACCAACGGAUGUUAAUAAACCUCCAGCAUACUGGCCGUCUUCGGGGCAUCUUGUUGUUGAGAAACUUUCCGCUAGCUAUUCUGUUGAUGGGCCGCCAGUGCUUCGAGACAUCUCAUUCGAAAUCAAGUCGGGCGAGAGAGUGGGAAUUGUUGGGCGUACAGGUAGCGGGAAGAGCAGCCUGACACUCUCUUUGUUGCGUCUUAUUCCCACCACGGGUGCGGUAAUGUACGACGGCAUCGAAACGAGCCAUAUCAACCUUGAGCCAUUGCGCAAUAAUAUGACGAUUAUCCCUCAACAACCGGAGCUACUCUCUGGCUCGGUCCGGGAGAACUUGGAUCCUUUUGGCGAAUAUGACGACGCCGUGCUCAACGACGCGUUACGUGCAUCAGGUCUCAACAAUGUGCAAACAGAAGACUCAGAGGAGGCCAUUACACUAGAUACAGCCGUGUCCUCUGGGGGAGCAAACUUUUCUCUUGGUCAACGUCAGAUUUUGAGCCUGGCUCGUGCAAUUUGCAGGCAAAGCAAGGUUUUAAUUUUGGAUGAGGCGACCGCCGCUAUCGACCAUCAAACCGAUGCUGCGAUCCAAGCUUCGAUACGCAACGAGCUUAAAGGUGUUACUGUCAUCACCGUGGCACACCGACUCAAGACUAUCGGCGAUAGUGAUAAAAUUCUCGUGCUUGAUGCGGGCAAGCUCGUCGAGUUUGACAGUCCAGCCAACCUACUACGCAAGAAAGAAGGAUACUUCAAAUCCUUGGUGGAUCAAAGUGGUGAAAAGGAGGAAUUGUACCACAUGGCCGGGAUUGAGGUGGAACAUGGGAUACGGAGUUGGUUCUCAAAGUAA